AUGCACAAACACACCAAUUCUCAGCGACAAGAUAUCAAAUCCACUUAUAAGACAAUGUAUGGCAGAGAUCUGGAAGAAGACCUGAAGAAAGACUUAGGCGGAAAGUUUAUUGAAAUCCUCGCUACACUGCGUCCGUCCGGAAGUUUCAAUCCGGAAAGAGUGGCCGCAAAGUUGCAAAAGGCUAUCAAAGGAAUCGGAACUGAUGAGAGGGCUAUUAUAGAAGUGUUGACUUCACACACCAAUUCUCAGCGACAAGAUAUCAAAUCCACUUAUAAGACAAUGUAUGGCAGAGAUCUGGAAGAAGACCUGAAGAAAGACUUAGGCGGAAGUUUUGAAGACUGCUGUCUCGCUCUACUCGUCUCUCAAUAUGAAUAUCUGGCCGAUUGUCUCAACAAUUCUCUUCAGUUUUCUGGAGAUUUCCAAAGAGUACUUCGAUCUCUAGUGAACGCAAACCGCAACGAAACAAAUGGUAUUGACUCUGAUUUGAGUGUAAAAGAGGCCAAAAUUCUGUUUCAAUCUGGCGUCAAAAUGAUGGGCACCGAUGAGGACGAGUUCCUACGUAUACUUUGCAGCCAUAGUUUAGUUCAGUUGAAGGAUAUUUUCAAACACUACAGCAGACUAUCGGGACAUUCAAUGGAUUCGGCGAUCAGUAAAGAAUUCAGUGGAGAUCUGUUCACUGUUUUCAAUGCAAUUGUCUUAAGUGCUAACAGUUUUGCAUAUUAUUAUGCAAUACGUCUUCAUUCGUGUAUUCAUGGCAUCGGAACUGAUGACGAAUCGAUGGCAAGAAUCUUGAUUUCUAGAUCUGAGAUUGAUUUGGAAGACAUUAAAGAUGUCUAUAAGAAGAAAUUUAGUCACAAACUAACCGAAGAUAUCGCAAACGAUACGAGCGGUGACUAUAAGAAAAAUUUUUAA